AUGAGCUCUCACCUUAGGACGCGCGGGAGGGGGCUUUGCACCGCGAUUAGGUCAAGGCUAUCACCCUUGACUAUCCUCGCCCAAGGUAUCGCACCUACACAUACAUCUACACCUACAGCCAACGCAGAUGCCAAGCCUACCGCGCCGUCAAAAAGUGUAUUAGAAAGCUAUACCGCACGAAUCCGUCGUGGUGAGUUACAAAGUGAUGCUAUGCAAGCAGCAGUAAUCCCACAUCUGGAUACCUUGCUCACUCGUGUGCAGACUUACACACCUCCUGGGUGGCCAGAGGAGGAAGUGGUGACGUUCCGGUGUAGAGGUGGGGAGAAUAUCCUGCAAUUGACCAGGGGUAUGUGUGUGCUGAGUGUGCAAGAUGCGGAGAAGGGCACAGACCAUACCGAGACUAGUACUAGACCACAGGCCAGUGCCACGACGCACAAACAUGCACCUAACGAUAGGCGAACGGGUAUACGGUUGGGUCAAAGAGAGACCAGAGAAGCCGAUUAUCUGCUAAUUAAAGCCGUACGGCUGAAGAAAGUGGACCACAACGCACCCAAAGGGCUGUAUCUGUACGGCGGAGUGGGCUGUGGUAAGUCUCUUUUAAUGGACACUUUCUAUGACCUUGUGCCUGUGACGCGUAAGAAGCGGAUACAUUUCCACACCUUUAUGCAACGCGUGUAUGCAGACUUGCACACCCACACCAAGUCAAAUACACUCGGCACCACAUACGAGAGUGCACCACGAAGCCGUCUCGGGGCACUCACCAGUGUUGCACAGUGGCUUAUGCACGAUGCUUGGUUGAUAUGCUUUGACGAAGUGCAGGUGGCCGAUGCUGUUACGGCGUCUCUGCUGUCGACGGUGUUUGAUAUCCUGUUUCAGAACGGUGUUGUGUUGGUUGCUACUAGCAACCGGCCACCGGAUAUGUUGCACGGGGUGAGAGAUAGCGGUAGAGAUCAUGUAUUAGCAAGUUUACCCAGUAAUAUCUUGGCAAAUUGUGAGGUGCAUGACAUGCAGUCGACUCUGGACUAUAGGGAAUUGCAGUACAGGAAGGUGUUCGGUAAGAAAGAGUUGAGUAGCACUGCGCAAGGCCAUAGUGGAGUGGAAGUUGGCUUGGACCCACAUACGACCGGUUUUAUACAUACCCAAACACAUGCAGACGCGCAGGCGAUACCACAAACAUACUUCCAAAGCACAAAAGGAGGAGAAGAAUUUGGAUUUGCUCAACAGCUGAGGGCAUGCACGCCAUCAUGUUGUCCGACUGAUGAGGCGCAUAUGCGCACACAUACGGACAACGUACGCGUGCUGGGCCGCAAUGUGAAGGUCCCAUUCUCGUGUCAUGGAACUGCUAAGUUUACAUUCGCGGAGUUGUGUGCAGCUCCCCUGGGCGGUCACGACUACGUGGAGUUGUGUAGGAAUUUCCACACCAUAUUUAUAGAGCACAUACCCAUACUGACGGGUAUUAGCCGGAGCAAUGAGCUGCGGAGGUUCAUCACACUACUAGAUGCUAUGUACGAAACCAAGGCGAAGCUAGUGGUACUGGCAGAACAGUCUAACGAGCACUUACUACUUGUGAAUUACGGAGAGACCCGCAGCGAUGCAGACAGGCUCUGUGCCCAAAGGGCCCUUUCACGCCUACAAGAGAUGCAAACUGUACCGUAUCUAUCUCUGGCGCACAAACCACGUGCAAUGGACGGGAUUAGUACACACACACAAAAUUGUAUGCAAUCAGGUACGUGUGCUGCAUCUAAUGAGAUAGAGGGUGCGGCAGGUAUGUUUAAGCGUGCAUUCGCGAUAUCUGGUCAUGAAUUGUAUACCAAGUGCUCCACUCGAACUCACACCAAUGUGGACGAGAUAUUGGACGUUCACAAACACUCAAAGGGCCAAACACUAGGGCAUGAGAAAAGCACGAUGCACGCAUAUACGGAUGAUUUUGGGGAUGAAGCAUCCUAUUCAGGCUAUUCUCAGCAACUUAGCCAAGUCAUCACCAAGCAACGUGCACAGCGGCGUAGCAACACUGUUAACGCUCCCAUGUUUGGUGACAGGCACUUCUGGGGUAUGGGGUGGUGGGAAACGGCUAUUGAGAAGUAUAGGUCUACUAGAGGCAAGCGCACGAGCGGUAGGUGAGCUGCAUCUUGGCUAGAAAGACUGAUUUGUGCUUUGAAGAUAGCAUCAACAUAGAUGUUAGUAUCUGAGCCGGCUGGUUUUUGAACUGCAAGUGAGAGGCGCAGUUCAGCAGACGUGCAUGUGUGAUUGCGAGGCUGGAUUUUAAAAGCUUGGAAGAGCUGAUAGAACCAGUGCCGCCCAAUUUGUGGCUAUUAUAUGGUAAUCUAUGAUGAUUACGUUAUUGGGUUCAUUCGGAAUGACGAGAGAAUGGUUUGAACAAUUGAGUUGACUUUGGUGUGUCAUAUGAGCACAACUUGUUUACUUCCAAACAGCGAGUUCCGAGAUUAAGAACAGUCUACUGCUGCCACAUAGCCUAGUCACAAAUAUAUGUAUUGUCCAAACCGCGCUCUGUGUAUUGUUUUGAAGGCAGAAAGUUGCGCGUGACAUCGCUUCAUCUCGCAACUGGCCGUGGAAUAAGGGACUGGCCCGUACGAUCAAUAAAUUGAUCAAGGCGACCUCUCUAAAUAUAUAUUGCCUUUUCAAUGAAGAUGCGAUGCAGUGAGAUACAAAACGCAUCGAGGUAGCUCGAUUGGGAACACACAGGAGCAUAAACAUUGCGAACCAACUAUAGUAUUAAAUAGCUAUAGUAUUAAAUAGUUCCAGACACUUGUAGUUCUGAUUAUGUGGCCCCAUAGAACAAAAUUCAGUUGUACGAUGCUUCAAUCUGUAAUCGUAUUAUUAAAGGUUACAUCUAGAACCUCUC